AUGAUCGAUUUGAGGAUUUAUUUUCUAAUGGCAUUGUCGGUGAGUUGCGCGAUUUCAUUUAAUCAAAGAUACGAAUAUUCGAUGGAUACCAAUUUGAAUUACGAAUUGGAUAAUAAUCCGUGGUACGACGUGAACAUCGAUCCGAUGAAUUCGGAAUCAUCGGAUUCGAUUUAUGUGAAGAAAAUACCGAGGGAGGAUAAAAAUGUUAAAAAAAUAUUAUCACCACCGUUUAAAACGGAAAAGGAUAAUACGAGGUAUAAGAUCAUAGAUCCAGGAUUUUCUACUUUGGAGAAUCAUGAUGGAUCCAAAAUGGCGGCGGCGGCGACUACGUCGACCACAGCAACAGCUGCCGCAUCCGAGCAACAUGUUAACGAUCGAAUUGAUCCAUUUGAAAAAAAUAAAAAUCCUUAUAGAUUCGGCGAGGAAAUAUUUACGGCCGACGAAACAAAUAUCGAAAUGUCUAAAAAAUAUAAAAAGGAAAAUGAAAAUUGCGAAAAAAUAAUACGAGAUUCAAUGAUUUGUAUGGUUUGCAAGGAUAUUAAAAGUAAAGCUAAGUACGAACAAUGUUCUUACGUAUCGAAACCAAAUGAAAAGUCUUACGCUUAUACGAAGUCGAAGUCCUUUGGAAAGAAUCGCAAUGAGAAUGACAAAAACAAUAACAAUGAUGACAACGAUGAUAAUAAUGGUGGCGGACGUUUGGCUGAAAAUACGAAGAGGAAGAAGGAUGAAGAAGAAAAAAAAGAAGAAGUAGAAGAAGAAGAAGAAAAAACGUCAUCGUCGAGCGAUUGUAAAAAAAUCGAGAAAGAUGGUAAAACUUGUACGAUAUGUAAGGAUCCAAAAAAUGGUGAUAAUUAUGAGAAAUGUUCUUACGCGUAUCAACCGAUGGAUAAGAUAUAUAAAUUCAGUAGAUCUAAGUCAUUCGGUUAUCCUGAAAAUUUGUCGGGGGAUAUUAAAAAGGACGUUGGUACGAUUGAAGAUUAUCCGAAAGAAUCAAGAUACACGGAUUAUUCGAAGGAUUAUACGUUGCCGUACGAUCAAAUUAAAAAAACUAAUUACGAUGAAAAAUCAAUACCAUCUGUUAAGAUCGAUAAUGAAUCAUCGUACGAUUCUUAUAUACCGGAUCAUUACAAGAGCCCGUCCGAGUAUAAAUCCGAAUCGGAAAAGAAUUCUGAAAAGAUAGAUCGUACGAAUUGCAAAGUUAUCGAGAAAGAUUCGAUGACGUGUAAAGUAUGUAAGGAUCCUAAAAAUGGUGAUAACUUUGAACAAUGUUCAUACAGUUAUAAACCAAAGGACAAGGUUUAUGCUUAUACAAAGGGUGAAUCGUUUGGUAGCCCAACGAAAUCCGAUAACGAUGAUGACGAAAGGAAAGAAUCGACGAAUAUUUAUGACGUACAAGAGAAAGUAAAGGAGACAAAGGAUGAUAAAAAAUAUGACGACAUAAAAAAUACACCAUUGGAUUCCUCGGAAAAUACGAAAAGUUCGAUAUACGUGCCAACUUCGGAUCUGUCGGAUAAAACGUCGUCCGACGUAAAAGGAGAGAAAUUAAUUAAUAACAAGGACGAUCGUUAUUUCGAGGAUAGUAAAAGGAAAAAGGAAGAGAUUGAAAAAUUCAUGAAAGACUUUCAAAAGGAGGAUCGUUCGAAUUGCAAAAAAGUAAUUAAAGACAAUAUGACCUGUUACAGGUGCAAGGACGACAAAGAUAUUCAUAAGGAGGAAUGUAUAUUUGUCGGUGAUGAAGACGUUAAAAAAAAUAAUAAAGAUCGAUUGACAUAUAGGGAGGUUAAACAAUUCAAAUUUGAUCCCGAUAUAAAAUCCUCGGGUUCGUCCUUGAGCAAACGCAAUUCUAAUGACAAAAUAAUCGUCGAUACUGAUAUAUUAGAGCCAAUAGCUUCGGCGAGCGAAGAUUCUUAUGCGAGGACAAUGACUUCUGAUGACGCUGAGAAAACAACGGAGGAAGAAACAUUACACGAGGUUGAACCUUACGAAUACGUUGCCGAGACUCGACCAAUUUAUGACAAAAACCUUGGAUUAACAUUACCAGCGUUUAUGUUAACUAAAUCGGAACACGAGCAAGAAUUCGACGAUGUUGUUGCGUCAAGUAGAAUUUGA